ACCCUUACAGCUGGUGGCUACAGAUUCGCCACACGGAGUGAAAGGGGCUAGAGAAAGUGACGAGGGCUUGAUGUAGGGGGUUUUCAAGAAGGCUCGAGAAUUGUUUUAUUAUUUUUUUUGAAGAAGAGUGUGGCACACCAAAGAUUUACAGAAGACACAGCCAAAAUGCUCUGCCACGUUACUCGUCCGGAUUCCGUGGUGAUGGAAGUGGAAGUUGAUGCGAAGGCGAACGGUGAAGACUGUCUGAAUAAGGUUUGCAGAAAGUUGGGUAUAAUUGAAGUGGACUACUUUGGGCUGCAGUUCACAGGCAGCAAAGGAGAGAACCUGUGGCUGAAUCUGAGAAAUCGAAUCUGCCAGCAGAUGGAUAACUUGACGCCCUGUCGGCUGAGGCUGCGGGUGAAGUUCUUCGUGGAGCCCCAUCUUAUUCUGCAGGAACAGACGAGACACAUUUUCUUCAUGCACGUUAAGGAGGACCUUCAUAACGGUCACCUACGUAUGGGCUCGGAACAAGCGGAGGAGCUGAGCGCGCUGCUGGCACAGGCUGAGUUUGGCGACUACAACCAAAACACAGCCCAGUACUGGUACUCAGAGCUGUGUGGAGAGGAGCCCAGCACUGCUACUAUCAACAGCAUCAUAUCCAGACAUAAAGCUCUAGAGGGUUUGAGCCAGGGCUCGGUGGAGUAUCAGGCCCUGCAGCUGGUCUCGUCUCUGGAGCAUUACGGCGUGGAGUGGCACUGGGCUCGCGAUGCAAACGGACAGCGGUUGGCCAUAGGAGUCGGCCAGGGCAUCGCCAUCUGCAAAGAGGACUUCAGCUUAGUCAACAGAGUGAGCUAUCCCGUCAUUCAGAUUGCUACCCAGUCAGGGAAAAGUGUGUACCUGACAGUUACCAAGGACACGAACGACAGCGUGGUGCUUCUCUUCAAGCUUAUUAGUAACCGAGCAGCCAGCGGUCUGUACCGGGCCAUCACUGAGACCCACGCCUUCUACAGGUGCGACACAGUAACAAAUGCAGUGAUGAUGCAGUACAGUAGAGACUUUAAAGGUCACCUAGCUUCACUCUUCCUCAACGAAAACAUCAACCUGGGCAAGAAAUACGUCUUUGACAUCCGGCGCACCUCCAAGGAAGUGUACGACCACGCCCGCCGCGCGCUCUACAACUCCGGUGUGGUGGACCUGGUGUCGCGCUCCGGCAGCGAGGAACGCUCCUCUCCUUCGCGCUCCCCGAGCAGGGACAACAACCAGCAGGACGAGGGGCUGGACUGCGGCAGCUGCCAACAGAGCCGGGCCCUGCAGGAGAGGCUGCAGAAGCUCAGGGAGGCUCUUCUGUGCAUGCUGUGCUGCGAGGAGGAGAUAGACGCCGCGUUCUGCCCCUGCGGCCAUAUGGUGUGCUGCCAGACGUGCGCAAAUCAGCUUCAGUUGUGUCCCGUGUGUCGGUCCGAGGUGGAGCACGUACAGCACGUCUACCUGCCCACCUGCACCAGCCUGCUGAACCUGACGGUGACGACCGACAACCACCAGCACCACAGCAGCAGCAUCCCGGCACCCAUCCACAGGGACACGGCCUCUCCUCACACCUGCCCCGCCACAGAGUACGAACAGAAGAUCUACCACACAUAAAGACAAAAAAACUCAUCAAACUCCCAUUACAGACACUUUGAAGCUACAACAGCAAGAUUCUGGUCUCAUAAGGAAGAAGCAUUUCUCAUCCCUCUGUGUUUUCCUGCCCGGAUCUACCAAACAUAUAGAAACUUUGAACAUAAUCAAAGAUGAACACACUUGAACCACUCCCUGAAUUAGUGUUUGCACGUGUGUGUGUGUGUGUGUGUGUGUGUGUGUGUGUGUGUGUGUAUGAGAGAGACAGAGAGAGUUUUAUUGUUAUUUCUUUGUCACUUUGGACUUUGUUUUGUUUUUUUUUUUUUGUGUAUCAUGUUUUUCCAAAUCCCUUUGUUUUAAACAUCACUAUCCCCUACCACAACACGAUUUUAGAUUAGGAUCUUAUUGUCCUUGUCAAUUAAAUUAUUGCAUCAGUUGACCUGAUACAGAAUAGAAACAUCUAGAAACAACUUUUUUUGUGAGUUUUGCUUUUAAAUUUGUUGUUUUGGAUGUUUUUUUUUUUGGGGGGGGGGUCAGUAUCAGGCUCCUAGUACCAGAACCCAAACCAUAUGACGAACGCCUGUGUUUUACUUUUAUAAUAGCUAAACACUGUACAUACUGGUUGAGUCUCUUUUUUUCAGUUUCAAGCUUUCUUACAUUUUACAACUUAUGUUUGAUUUGAAAAUUGAAUUUUCUGGUGUGAAAAUUUUUUUUUUAUUUCCUUUUUUUUUUUUUUUCCAUGUUUUCCAUGCCAAUGAGAAGGUAUUUAGAGGCUAAGCAGCACUGCUCUGGGUAUAUAUAUAUAUAUAUAUCUGCAUACUAAUUAGACACCAAAGGCGAUAAAACUGCCGUGGUCUUGUUCUUCUAAUCUCAGGGGUCAAAGGGGGAUCUCAAUGGUUCUUUUAGCUCAUCAGAAAUGUAUUUCACCGACACUCCCUUAACCUCUCUCACCUCGAAACGGGUCUUGAUGAUUAACUACCACUUUAUCCAAAACAACAAGCCUGGUCUCAUCGACUGCUGCACCUUUACAUAUGUGUCUCCAUGCCAACAGACAGGUAGAAAUUAAAAGAAACUAAAAGGCUCUUCUUAGUAGACAAAGAACCAUGAUUAUUUAUGAGAAAAAGAAAAUAGAAAUGUGUCCAGAAGCAGCUGCUUCCUCUGAAAACCUCAGCGAUAAAUUUGUUCUCUGGGUAUACUAGUGAGUUACAUUUUAAUAUUUUUUUUAAAGGGUACUAGGAUAUCUGCUUGUGCAAUACUUGCUUGCUUUUUGAAAAGAUUCUCAUUUUCAAGUUUUAUUUAAUUUCAAUUACUAUAUUUAAAAGGAAAAAAAAAAAACAACAUUGUCACUUUACCAAGGAAGUUUUCCAUGUGUCUGUGGGGGGGUUUGGCCUUAAUGUAGCACCAACACUGUGUUUAUUAUAAACUUUCCACAGACUUUUUUUUUCUUGCAAGAAAAGGAAAACUUUAUUUCUUUUAAUGCUGACUCGAUUAAGCUCAGUCACUGCAGGGGAAGGACUUUUUUUUUUCACAUUGUUCAAGUAGCGAAUUGUUUCUGUUUUCUGAAGCAAAAGCCACUAUGCUCUGUAAAAUAACUCUUAGAAUUAAAUUCUUUUUAUAUAUUCUGCCUUUAACAAAAGAGAAAGUAUUAAUAAAGUUGUUUUUUAAAAACA